UCUUUUUUACAUCAGUCGCUUCACUAAGCAUUUGAGCCUCGUGGUCUUCUUAUUUUCUGGCCUAUACGCGUUUGUGACAAAGUCUGAUUCAAAUCACAUCUGAUGAUGCAUGAAAGCUUCGCUCCUUGGGGAGGACGGUGGAUCGUCUUCCUCGAGGCUUCUCCGCUCAAGUUGUUGCACUCUCAACAGCUCAUUGUUGUCUCCGACUCCUCCAGCACACGUUUCUACUUUCUACCACUGGAGGCUCCCAGCAGCUCAUGCGUCACUUCGUCCCUCGGUCGCCGGUGAUGGCGCAGCUACAGCGUGAAGUGGAGCCUCAACUUCUCAAUGGGGGCGACUUGAUGGAGGAGAGAGAAGACCCCGGCGCCCCGGGAAUAGUAAAGAAAAGGAGAAGAAAGAAUAAGAGGAGGAAUAAGAUCUCCACACCAGCAGGGACAAACGAAGCUGAGGGGGAUGGAGAAGCCAGAGGUGUUGUUGAUGUGACCAAACAGUUGGAGCAGCAGACAGUAGAGGACAAGGAGAGGGAGGAGGACGGAGAAGAAGAUGGAGAUGGAGAGAACUCAGCUGGAAAGAAGAAGAGGAAGAAAAAAAAGAAGAAAGUGAAGGGACAGACUGACCCUCCCUCAAUCCCUAUUUGUGAGCUCUAUCCCAGCGGAGACUUUCCAAAGGGAGAGGAGUGUGAAUAUCCACCAUCGAAAGACGGGCGCAGUGCAGCGUGGCGGACCACCAGUGAAGAGAAGCGGGCGCUGGACAUGGCCAACGAGGAGAUGUGGAGUGAUUUCAGGGAAGCGGCUGAAGCACAUCGGCAGGUCCGCACGUACGUCCGCAGCUGGAUCAAACCUGGGAUGACCAUGAUUGACAUCUGUGAGAAGCUGGAGGACUGCUCCAGGAGGCUCAUCAAGGAAAACGGGCUAAAGGCCGGCCUGGCCUUCCCCACCGGCUGCUCCAUCAACCACUGCGCUGCCCACUACACCCCGAACGCAGGAGACCCCACGGUGCUGCGCUACGACGACGUCUGCAAAAUAGACUUCGGAACGCACGUCAACGGUAGAAUAAUAGACUGUGCCUUCACCGUCACUUUCAAUCCAAAGUAUGACAGGCUGCUGGAGGCUGUAAGAGAUGCAACAAACACCGGCAUUAAGUUUGCAGGAAUUGAUGUGCGCCUGUGCGAUGUUGGUGAGACCAUUCAGGAAGUCAUGGAGUCUUAUGAAGUGGAGAUUGAUGGGAAAACCUAUCAAGUGAAGCCAAUCAGGAAUCUCAAUGGCCACUCUAUUGGACAGUACCGGAUACACUCAGGGAAGACUGUCCCCAUCGUUAAAGGCGGAGAAGCCACGAGGAUGGAGGAAGGUGAAGCUUACGCCAUUGAGACAUUUGGCAGCACAGGGAGAGGUGCAGUCCACGAUGACAUGGAGUGCUCACAUUACAUGAAAAACUUCAAUGUCGGACACGUAUCGAUAAGACUUCCGAGGGCUAAACAUCUGCUGAACGUGAUCAAUGAGAACUUCAGCACUUUGGCAUUCUGCCGUCGCUGGCUGGACCGCCUGGGUGAGAGCAAGUACCUGAUGGCGUUGAAGAACCUGAGCGACCUUGGCCUCAUAGAUCCAUACCCACCUCUCUGUGACAUCAAGGGCAGCUACACCGCCCAGUACGAGCACACCAUCCUACUCAGGCCCACGUACAAGGAGGUGGUGAGCAGGGGAGACGACUACUAACCACGCGCCAAAACUCGAGCCGCGCUGGGAGGAGCGCGGCGGCUCAAAGACCACAAACCUCGGGCUGAUGGAAAAUAUGCAAUCGUGCUCUGAUUUUCAUUUUCACUGCUUGAAUACCAUUGCGUAGGUAGUUAUUGGGGUUAGGUGGAUGUUCAAAGGGCAAAUACUUGUAAGCGACAUCCACGAUACAAGUGUUCAUUUUACGAAGCAUCAGGCCAAUAGACAAAGGGCACAUUUGUAACAAAGGUAGUGUUGUCAUUUUAGUCACAUUUUUGUGUCCUGCUUUUAGGAAGUAUGAACAUGAAUAUAUGCAAAAGAAACAUGCAAAAAAGUUUGGGGCGACCAAAUGGCCGGAAAAUGCUUAGAAGUGCUAACUGAAGUGAAAUAUUUAUAUUUCUACAGUUCUCCAUUUUGAUUUGAGGCAGUUUUGUAAGAAAUUGUUAUAAAUCUCUCAUCAAUUAACGUGUGCGUGUUGUGCCUAAAAGCUCCCAAUGCAGUACAAGUAUCUGAGGAUUAAAAGGUGUAUUUCUCGCCUUUAACCAAAGGAGGGCGGCACUAAAACAUCCUACACUAGUGAACAGAUUACAGUAAAACACAUCAGGACUUGUACUUUAGCUUAAUGUCCCCAUGGAAAUAAACAGACUUUUCCCCAAAGAACUAAGAAUGAGCACACUGAUUUAUUGUUUACAGUUUAGAUGGGAAUUUAAAAAAUAAAAAAAAUAAAAUACAGGACACAGAAAUAACAAUAGAAAUAUGUCAAAGGCCGAGUACAUUCACGCACCCCAAAUGACCACCGUGUCCA